AUGUCGAAUGAAACAGAUACAUUAAUCGAAUCUGCUGUUGUUAGUGAAGACAAACCUGUAAUCUUGAAUAAUGACCAAACAGACACAUCAACAACCAACGGCGGAUUUCAUUCAAAUGGAACUAACCAAACCGAACAACCACCACCAGAACAACAAGAAAUUGAAUCAACAAAAAAUAAUUAUGAAAACAGUGAACAACAAUCAUAUAAUAAACAUGAUUUAGAGCCUGAAUCACUCCGAAAAGUUUUUAUUGGUGGACUUUCGUAUAAAACUGAUGAUCAAGUUUUCAAAGAUUAUUUCUCAAAACAUGGAGAAAUUGUUGAUUGCAUUAUAAUGCGUGAUCGUGAAGGUCGAUCUAGAGGUUUUGGUUUUGUUACCUAUGCUUCAUCGACAAUGGUUGACAGUUUAAUGGCAGCUCGUCCACAUGUUCUUGAUUCACGUGAAAUCGAACCAAAACGAGCUGUACCACGAGAAGAAAGUGGAAAACCCGAGUCAUCGUUAAGUGCAAAAAAAUUAUUUGUCGGUGGUAUUCGAGCAGAUACAAUCGAUGAAAAAGAUCUUAAUGAAUAUUUCUCAAAAUAUGGUCAUAUUAUUGAAGCCGUGAUUAUGAAAACCAACGAAGGAAAAUUACGUGGUUUUGGAUUUGUUGAAUUCGAUGAUUACGAUCCAGUAGAUAAAAUUGUAUUAGAAAAACAUCAUGUUAUUAAAGGAAAUCCCGUUAAUGUCGAAAAAGCACUACCCAAAGAUCAGACAAAUCGUGGUCGAAUGUCAGCAGGAAACUACGGUGGACAAGGGGGUGCUGGCGGUGGUGGUGGUGGUGGCUUUGGUGGUGGAGGANGUGGUGUUUGUUGUGGUGGUGGUGGGGGCGGCGGCGGUGGCGGGGGUUGCGGUGGUGGUGGUGGCUAUGGAGCUGGAGGAGAUUAUGGUAAUCGUUCUGCGCCAUAUGGAGGUGGUUAUGGUGGUGAUAUGGGAGGCAAUAGUGGGGGUGGAAUGAUGGGCUAUGGUGGUUCAGCACCUAUGGGUGGUGGAGGAGGAGGUGGGGGUGGAUAUGGAAUGGGAGGACCACCACGAGGUGGUUACGAUGAUGGAUUUGGAGCUUUCGGUGCAGCAUCUGGCUUUGGUUUCGGUCAAAGUUACGGAUCAUCAUCAGGUGGUGGUCCAAUGCGACGUGGAGGUAGUGGUCGAGGUGGCGGUGCACCGUAUGGUCGUGGUGGUGGUGGCCGUGGAGGUGGGGGUGGUGGUUAUCGUGGCCGCAAUUAA